ACACCCCUCUUAAUGAACGGCACUGAAGGAGUAAAGAUGAGAAACAAGAGUUUACAGGCUUAAAACAGCGUCGCUGGUUGCAGAGUGGCUUAUCAAGACUUGAGAAGCUGCAGAAACUGGAAAAUCUUCAGAUUAUCAAUGGACUCAUCGUCUCUUCUUUCUCAAUUCAAUGCCAAGAGCUGUUUAUUAAGAGAAACUGGAUCAAACAAUAGAUGUGCACUUCCAAGAUUUGUAAAAUUAAGUAAUAAUUCAAAGAGAAACGUACCAACAAGGUUGUGUUUCGCCUCUUCGAAUGGCGGGUUUAGACAGGAGACAAGUGGAAUUGGCAGCAAAGACGGUGUCAUUAUUGUUGAUCAUGGUUCGCGUAGGAAGGAGUCGAACCUUAUGCUAAAUGAGUUCGUUAUCAUGUUUAGAGAUAGAACUGGGUACCCGAUUGUCGAGCCUGCUCAUAUGGAGUUGGCAGAACCAUCCAUUAAAGACGCUUUUGCUUCAUGUGUGCAACAAGGGGUCAAUCGUGUUAUUGUUAGCCCGUUUUUCCUGUUUCCUGGACGACAUUGGAACCAGGAUAUCCCUUCAUUGACAGCUGAAGCUGCGAAGGAGCAUCCAGGUGUUUCAUAUAUUAUAACUGCACCUCUUGGACUGCAUGAGCUACUUGUGGAUGUUGUGAAUGACAGAAUUCAACACUGCUUGAGCCAUGUUGCUGGAGAUGCAGAUGAGUGUUCAGUUUGUGCUGGAACUGGCAGAUGUCAGCUUUACUGAUGAUGCCCGAUGGUGUGGGAUGGGCUGGCUUUGUUUAGUGGCCGACUUGUACUGAAAUUCAGUUGUAAAUUGUUGAACAUACUUGUAUUAAAACCUUUUCUAGAAAUAGUAUCUUCUCUUCCCCGUUUGCAACUCUUUCUACAUGUAUUUUUGACACUCUAGCCUCAUGUAUCUCGUGCUGGAUUUUCUUCUUUUUUUACA